AUGUUUUGGUUCUGUGGUUGUGUCUCAGGUCAGACGGUGUGUUUGGAUGGUCUGGAGCGGUCGUGCUAUAAGAUUGCAUACUUCCAUGACGUGUCAAGCCGCAUUGCAUUCUGGGAGGCGUUUCAGGCCUGUGAGAUGGACGGUGGUUCACUGCUCAGCAUCGAGAGUCUCACUGAGCAGAAAGACAUCGAAAACUUACUGCAGGAGUUGCGUUCCGGAGCAGUGGGAGGUGCAGUUGGAGGAGGUAUAGCAGACGGCGACUUCUGGAUUGGAUUGACUCGGACUGAGGGCAUUGAUCAGAACCAUUCUGAACUCGCCUUCUGUCCCCAGCUGUACCACUGGACCGACGGCAGCCUGUCCUCCUUCAGGAACUGGUACUUUGACGAGCCGUCCUGUGGAGGAGAAGCCUGUGUGGUGAUGUACCAUCAGCCAACUGCACUUCCAGGUUUGGGCGGAUCUUAUCUCUACCAGUGGAACGAUGACCGCUGCAACAUGAAACACAACUUCAUCUGCAAAUAUGAACCAGAGAGCCGUCUGAUCAAGGAGCAGGGACACACACCUGAAGGGCGUAUCACAGAGGUGAUGGCAGAUGCUGGCGUGGUCAAAGAGCCUGGACAUGGUGACGAGGAGGUCACUGCAGCUGGACCUUCAGGCAUGUUGCUGGUGUAUGUGAUAAUUCCCACAAUCCCUCUGCUGCUGCUCAUCCUGGUGGCUUCUGGGACAUGCUGUUUUCAGAUGGUAAAUAGAAGGUGUCCUUUUCUGUCAUCAGAGAGCCGUCUGAUCAAGGAGCAGGGACACACACCUGAAGGGCGUAUCACAGAGGUGAUGGCAGAUGCUGGCGUGGUCAAAGAGCCUGGACAUGGUGACGAGGAGGUCACUGCAGCUGGACCUUCAGGCAUGUUGCUGGUGUAUGUGAUAAUUCCCACAAUCCCUCUGCUGCUGCUCAUCCUGGUGGCUUCUGGGACAUGCUGUUUUCAGAUGGUAAAUAGAAGCACGCCCCGCACAAAGACCAGCAACAACCAGUCGACUCUGUGGAUCUCUCACACCCCCAGAACAGACAGCAUGGAAGUGUGACAUCACAGCAACACUUAAAAUGACAUCAUCAUGUGGCUGAGCCAAUCAUCAUCAUCAGUCUUACUGGAAAUGCAGAGCUUUCAGUCUUUAUCAUCUGACCCCUCUUUUUAACUCCGCCCACUAAGAAGAGGGUCUGGAUCCAAGCAUGUUUGUGGAAUGUGAAGUGGCAA